GCUUGCCGGCUGCAUUCUGCCCCUGCCAGGCUUCCGUAGAGAGAGUAGCUGUGGACAGCAGGUGUUGUGGACGCUGUAAGUUAUUACGUCUCCGGCCAUUGCCUCAUCACAGGGUCACCCGCCGGCGCUGACGUCAUACCGGAGCGGAGUGUCAGAUUGGAAACUGGUCACUGAGCCUUUGAGUCUCCACCAAGACCCAAGAACUUACUGUUCAGCUCUCUUCUCAGGGAAGUCUCUGUUUAGUAAUGGCUUCGGCUGUGGUGAGCAUGGUCCCCACCACUGCUUCUCGCUUUGCUUUGCUGAAAGUAGACAGCAGCAGUGAUUCUGAUUCUGAGAAGACAAAGGGCGGCCGCAGUGCAGGAAAACUGCGCGGAUCUGCCGCAGCGGGGAAAAACAAUACAAAUGAGAAAAAGAAGGAGAAGAGGAAGAAAAAGAAGGAACAGCAACAGAGUGAGGCUAAUGAGCUCAGGAAUCUUGCCUUUAAGAAAAUUCCCCAAAAAUCUUCGCACACCAGUGGUGGGUCUCAGCAGGACUCUGCAGUACACAGUGUGACUAAAAAUGUUCAAGGAGAUGAUUGGCAGCAGUGGCAGCAGAAAGACCAACAGAUUACAUCUGAUAUGUAUGAAGCAGAUCUUCAGAAGGCAUUAAUGCUAAGUAAGCUGGAAUAUGAAGAACAGAAAAAGGAAAAUGACAGUGGAGAAAAUGUAUCACCUCAAUCAAAAAGAGCAAAUAAAAAGGAUAAACGAAAGAACCAUCAAGGGAAAGACAAGCCUCUCACAGUGCCUCUGAAAGACUUCCAAUCAGAAGAACAGUCAGUGAAAAAAACUGAGCAGGAUACAAAAUCCCCUCUGUUACCUCAUGACAGUGGCUUUUUCAAUAAACUGGAGGAUGACGUGACCAAAAUAAUUCUUAAAGAAAAAAGAAAGGAACAAAACUCUGUUCCUGAAGUAAUGGAUGGCGUUGUGUCCUCGAACAACAAUAUGGAACCUGUCCUGAAAGAUGGAAGAACAGAGGUAUUGAAGCUGGAAUUAGAAAAGAAAGACACGCAGAUCCAGCUUCUGAAAAGCAUCAUUUCACAAUGGGAGGCAAAAUACAAAGAAGUUAAAGUCAGGAAUACACAAGUUCUUAAAAUGUUACAGGAAGGUGAAAUGAAAGACAAAGCAGAAAUUCUUCUGCAGGUCGACGAAUUGGUAACGAUUAAGUAUGAAUUAACAUUACAGGUCACUGGUCUGCAUGCUGCUUUAGAACAAGAACGAUCUAAAGUGAAAGCUUUACAAGCAGAGCUCACAAAGUACCAGGGUGGUAAGAAAGGGAAAAGGAACUCUGAGUCUGACCAUGGCCGAUGAUCGCUGGAGGAGAUGGAACAGUUUAUAAAAAGCACUAACUUUUUUCUGCAGAGUUUAAUUACUGCUGUUUAACGCCAUACGUUGUUAGUUUUUCAUGACUUAAUAAAACUUAUUCUUCCAUUUG